GGAGGGGUACGGCGGAGCAAUAUAGAUCUCGAAUCUGCAUCCCCUUCCUCCUCAGUCCUCUCGCAUUCUCCUCCUAACAACAAAGGCAGCGUCUUGCAGGAGUAGUUGUAGUUGUAUCCACAGUCGUCGCCGCCUCUGCCGACCAACUCCCCUUCUCUGGUGCUGCUAUACCCGUGAUGGACAUCGAUGUCGAAAAGUCGGAUGUUUCCGAUCAACCUAAAUUCUCCAUCAAUGUUUUGCAGCUCUUGAAAUCUGCUCAAAUGCAGCAUGGACUUCGCCACGGCGACUAUACUCGCUAUAGGCGGUAUUGUACAGCUCGUCUGAGAAGGCUGUAUAAAUCACUCAAGUUUACCCAUGGCCGUAGUAAAUACAGCCGGAAAGUUAUUAGCGAGAGCACUGUCACUGAUGUAAGGUUUCUCCAUAUUCUUCUCUAUACUACUGAAAGAGCAUGGAGCCAUGCCAUGGAGAAAAGACAACUACCAGAUGGUCCAAAUGGGCGUCAACGCAUCUAUCUGAUUGGAAGAUUGAGGAAGGCUGUAAAAUGGGCUACUCUUUUUGCUCAGCUUUGCUCAAUUAAGGGAGACUCCAGAACCUCUUUGGAAGCUGAGGCGUAUGCGUCAUAUAUGAAAGGCAACUUGUUGUUUGAGCAAGAUCAGAACUGGGACAUGGCCUUACGGAAUUUCAAGAGUGCCAGGGCUGUCUAUGAAGAGCUUGGGAAGUAUGGAGACCUUGAAAAUCAGCUUCUGUGUCGUGAACGCGUGGAGGAGCUAGAGCCAAGUAUUAAGUACUGCUUGCACAAAAUUGGCCAUUCUAAUCUGAAAGCUUCAGAACUUUUGCCGAUUGGUGAAAUGGAGGGGCCAGCACUGGACCUUUUCAAAUCCAAAUUGGAGGCUGUCAUGGCUGAGGCAAGAUCUCAACAGGCUGCUUCAAUGACAGAGUUCAAUUGGCUGGGGCAUAGAUUUCCAAUUUCCAAUCCUAAGACAAGGGUUUCCAUUCUAAAAGCUCAGGAAUUGGAGAAGGAUGUUCAGGGUCCAAAUGCAGACUCGCUGUCAGCUGAGAAAAAACUUGCUGUCUUUGACAAAAUAUUUUCUGCCUAUCACGAUGCAAGGAGUAGCAUUCGGAAUGAUUUGGUCACUGCUGGGAGUGCUGAAAAUGUGAAAGAUGACUUGAAUGGACUUGACAAAGCUGUAAGUGCUGUCCUCGGACAGCGUACUAUUGAGCGGAAUCAACUUUUAGUCAGCAUUGCCAAAAGCAAACUCAGCAAAAACCGUGAUGAUAAAAAUGAAAAGGUUACCAAACCUGAGGAACUUGUUCGCUUGUACGAUCUUCUACUACAAAAUGUAGCGGAUCUGUCUGAUUUAGUCACUUCUGGGAGGGAUAGAAAAGAAGAAGAGGUGGCAUUUGCUGAGGAAUGCACUCUCAAAAGUUUAGCUUUCCGAGCAGAAAGGUGCUUUUAUCUGGCGAAAUCCUACAGUUUGGCAGGAAAGAGAGCUGAAGCUUAUGCAUUGUAUUCUCGUGCUCUUUCUGUGGUGGAGAAUGCAUUGCAAAAAUCACAGAGUAUGGAGAACAGCGAACAGGAGAUGAUUGCAGAGUUGAAGACAUUACAACAACAGUGCAGAUCAAACAUAUGUAUAGAACAUGCUACAGGAAUCUUGGAAGACCAGAAGAUUCCUGAACAGCUUUCUAAAAAGAUAUCAAAUAUGUCUCUGACUGGGGCUGAUAAGAAGGAUAAAUUCCUUGCUGAAAAACUCGACGUGUACGAGCCCGCUAUCGGUGAUUCCAACACAAAAGUACCUCCUCGCAUUGAAGCUUUCCCUCCAGCUUCCCAAGCAGUCCCCAGGAAUCCAAUAGUUCUUGAUCUUGCUUAUAACAUGAUCGAGUUCCCCUCACUUGACAACAGGAUGAAGAAGACCAGGAGCUACUGGCCUUGGAGAUAACUACAUUUUUCAAUUCUGGAGUUCUAAUUGAUGGAUUGUUACUGAAAAUGCCUUUGUUGGUUCAUUCUGAUCAAAUUUACAUGUUUCUGGUAAAUGAACAAUUUUGUAUUUCACAGUUUUGUACUAUUUCUUAGGGUUUAUACUAUUAGUAUGGUCUUCGUGGAUGCUGAUAGAAAGAGAUAUGUAGGGCUGUCAGAUCUUUCCAGACAACUGUAACUAGAACAACUGAAUGAAAUGUGCCUGUUUCUUUUUCUUCUGUAA